UCCGCUUUGUCCUCUGACGUCAUUAUCCUCGAUGUUACCGGAAUGACAUGUGGCGGCUGUGCUGCGAGCGUGAAGAGAAUUUUAGAAAGUCAACCACAAGUUUCUUCUGCAACUGUAAAUCUUACGACGGAGACAGCAAUAGUGUGGCCAGUAUCUGACGCGAAGGUUGUACCAAAUUGGCAAAAGCAGAUAGGGGAGGCCCUUGCUAAGCAUUUGACUACUUGCGGGUUCACAUCUAAUGUUCGAGAUUCCGGAAGGGAAAACUUCUUUGAGAUAUUUGAGAAGAAGAUGAAUGCAAAGCGUAUUCAGUUGAAAGAAAGUGGUCGGGGGCUUGCAGUCUCAUGGGCUUUAUGUGCAGUGUGCCUUGUCGGCCAUCUCUCUCAUUUCUUUGGAGCUAAGGCUUCAUGGAUUCAUGCAAUUCAUUCCACCGGUUUCCAUAUGACUCUAUCUCUGUUUACAUUGCUUGUACCUGGUCGACAACUUAUUAUUGAUGGUCUGAAAAGCCUAAUUAAAGGAUCGCCAAACAUGAAUACAUUAGUUGGUCUUGGGGCCUUGUCAUCGUUUGCUGUCAGCUCAAUGGCAGCCUUAAUACCAAAACUGGGCUGGAAAACAUUCUUUGAGGAGCCUGUUAUGUUGAUUGCUUUCGUCUUGCUGGGAAGAAAUCUUGAGCAGAGAGCUAAAAUUAAAGCCACAAGCGACAUGACAGGCCUUCUCAAUGUCUUGCCAUCUAAAGCAAGACUUGUAGUCAGUAGCGAUUCAGGGGAAUCAAGCUCCACUGUUGAAGUUCCUUCUAACAGUCUGUCUGUCGGGGAUCAGAUCAUUGUUUUACCUGGGGACCGUGUUCCAGCUGAUGGAAUUGUCAGAGCUGGUAGAAGCACAAUUGAUGAAUCAAGUUUUACUGGGGAGCCUUUACCUGUAACGAAGUUACCUGGGGCUGAAGUUGCGGCAGGAAGUAUAAACCUUAAUGGAACACUUACUGUUGAAGUGCGACGACCAGGUGGUGAGACUGCAAUUGGGGAUAUUGUUCAAUUAGUAGAAGAAGCACAGAGUAGAGAAGCUCCUGUACAGCGGUUGGCUGACAAGGUUGCUGGGAAUUUUACCUAUGGGGUAAUGACACUUUCUGCUGCCACAUUUAUGUUCUGGAACCUUUUUGGUGCUCGCAUUCUACCAUCCACCCUUUAUCAUGGAAGUGUAGUUUCGCUAGCGUUGCAGCUCUCAUGUACUGUGCUGGUUAUUGCCUGUCCAUGUGCACUUGGUCUUGCCACUCCUACUGCAGUGAUGGUUGGAACCUCACUUGGUGCCACUAAAGGCUUGCUUUUGCGUGGUGGAAGUGUCCUAGAAAGAUUCUCAACGGUGAAUACAGUUGUUUUUGACAAGACAGGGACACUGACUAUUGGUAGACCAACUGUGACCAAAGUGGUGUCUCAAGGUCAAGGCUAUCAAGAAGAUCCAGAUGCAAGGUUGAGUGCAAACUUUAAGUGUAUUUAUACUACCUCUCUCAUGCCUUUAUUAGGCGUUUCAAAAUGCAAUCCACUUUCUUUAAAAGGAACUUCUGAUCGUCAUCAAUAUAAAGUUUUUAUACAUAAGAGUUUAUCAAAAUGAUUGUUUAAUAGGCAAAAAUGGGUAUCCUAUAAUUUUUGAAUUAUGUGAACAAAAAAAAAUUGAGAAACUCUUAAAAUACAAUUUUUUCUUUUCUAUUCUUAAAACAC